UCGCCGGAGUUUGACAGCUGAGCGAAUUCGCCUCCACGUGCAUUCCUCAUUGUUUUGAUCUCGAUGAAGUGUUGUGGUGGAUAAGAGAUAAAGAUCGUGGAGCCACAAUGACGAGACUCUUUGUGGGAAAUUUACCUCCAAAGGCCACAGAGGAGCAGCUGGCGAAUGAAUUCAGUGCCUACGGUGUGGUGUCCUCUGUGGAUAUCAAAGUCAAGGAAACAGCCAACAAUCUCAGCAGCAAAUUUGCUUUCAUUUCCAUUGAGAUUGAAGACUCAUUGGUGCAGCAAUGUAUCAGGGAAUUCAAGGAAAUGCCCUUCCAUGGGCACUACCUCACGGUAUCCGUGGCCAAGGAGAGCUUCCUCGAUAAGUUGAAGCGUGAACGUGAAGAAGCAGCCAAGGAAGAAUUUGCGAAGAAGCUUCCGAAGAAAGUUGAAAAGCAGGAGGAAUCUGAGGAAUUUAUCGUCCGGAAAAAUGCCUUCGCCGAUGAGAUGAAGCAGCAGCAAAAUCUCCCGGAUGAUGAAGACAAUUUCCUCGUGAAGAAACGCGGCCAAGGGGCAAAGAUUGUCAAUGGGAUGCUCAAAAUAUACGGAGAUCCGGGAUUUGUACGCUCUGAGGGGGAGAAUUCAACGAAGAAGUCAGCAGAGAAAGAUCCAAAAGCCUUGAUGUCUGAGAAGAAGCGCCUGGAGUCGCUGGAGAGGAAGAAAAAUGCAUAUAGAGAGCAAAAAUUUGCGAUAAAGUCAGCUCUUUCGAAUGGUCAGAGUGCAGAGAAGGCGAAAAAGAUCAUUUUUGGCGACACUGAGACGCGUGAGAAGCCAAUGAAGCUGCUGGAUGACGACGAUGACGAUGAUGAAGUGGAUUUUUCCGUUAGACAGCAAUUCCAGGGGGAAUCAGGGCAGAAACUCCUCAAACUCCAAUCGAAAUUCCAGGAUGAUAAGAGAUUUGCUCUCAGUGAAGAUUUCCGUGAAGAUGAUGAUGAAGUUGCAGGAAAGGUUGUUGAUGAAUUUGAGGAUGAGAAGAAGAAGCAAUUGGAGAUUCUGGAAGGAGUUGUGGGGCGUCCUCUGGCGGAGAAACCCAAGAAAACCUUCCAGACAAUGCUGCGGUAUGAUCCAACGAAGAAGGAUCACGAGAAGUACGUGAAGAAGGAGGAGGAUUUGGAGCACAACAAGGGGAAGAAUGUGAAGAAAACCGAAGCUCCUGUUCAGGUGUCAUCGGAGAAAUUCUACAAAGUCAACACAACAAGCAUCGAGCAAUCCCUGAAGAAUGGUGGCGAAGGAUUUAGUUUGCUGAAAAUGCUGGGAAGGGAUGCAGAGCCUGUGGAGGAAGCGGAUGAAGAGGAUCUAUAUGAGACCACCGCUUCCAGCAGUAAUCUUCCGCCUGGGAAACGCUUCAAGUACGACUCAUCAGAUGAUGAGAAGAGUGCCAAGAAGAAGAAAACUCCCGCAAAGAUCCCAAAAGAUACUUCCGGAAGCAAAACGGGUGGAAAGAAAAAUAAAAGAGGACUCUUCCGGGAGAGUUUCUUCAUUCAAUCCGGAGAUGCACGACUCGAGGAGGGUGGUAGCUUCUUUCAAUCUCUCGCAACUUCAGCUGGGGAAAGCUUCCCGGAGAAACGACAGCAGCUGAAGCAAAUUGUGAGCCGGAAGAUCCGGAAAAAUAAGCUAAAAGGAAUAGCAAAUUUUGUCCGGAAAAAGGAUUUCAAAGGAAAAGCAAAGAAAAUUAAAUAAAAAUAAUUUUUUAAAUGAU